AUGAGCAUCAUCAGUCUAAAUGUGGGCAAUACCCCGCUGAUACCUGAUACCUUUGUGUUGACUCCUGAUCAUGAGGAAAGUGACCACAGUGAACCAGAACCAGACAGUGACCACCAGCUCCUCUCUCACACCUCUCCUGUAGCUGAGAGCCAAGAUCAGACAGGAAGUCAACAUGUGGACUCAGGAUCAACUACAGAUUCAGAAUCAAAGACUGAUUCUAAAACUCACACAGGUGAAAAGUCUUUCAAAUGUGACACUUGUGGACAAACCUUUGAGUGCAAGUCAGGAUUGAAGAAACAUCUGAGAACACACAAAGGUGAGAGACCGUAUCUUUGUAAAACAUGUGGGAAAAGUUUCACAAAUAGUUCUGUCUUAAGAGUGCACAUAAGAACUCACACAGGUGAGAAGCCAUAUUCAUGCAAAACAUGUAGGAAACUUUUUUCUUGUAGUAGUUCACUGACAUUACACAUGAGAACACACACAGGUGAGACCCCAUACACCUGCAGCUCUUGUGGGAAAAAAUUUAGGUCCAUGACAGUAUUGAGAGUCCACAAGAGAAUUCACUCAGGUGAGAAACCAUAUUCUUGAGAAACAUGUGGGAAAGGUUUUGUAUCUAAUUAUGUAUUGAAAGUCCACAUGAGAACUCACACAGGUGAGAAGCCGUACCACUGCAACACCUGCGGGAAAGGUUUGUCUUCCAUUUCAUCAUUGAAAGCGCAUAGUAGAACUCACACAGGUGAGAAGCCGUAUCCCUGCAGCAUCUGUGGGAAAAGAUACGGUUGCACUUGUGCUUUAAAAAAGCAUGUGAGAAAGCACACAGUAUUUCUUUGA